GGUCUCCUGAACACGAUAGAAAGACACAACAAGCUGGUGCGAAGAAAUGAAGGCUCUCAGCGUGUGCAUUCUAAUCUGCCUGGUGGCUGAAGCCCACUGCAGUCCGUUGCUGCCUCCACUCAGCUCAGAUGAGGAUGAGAAUGUGGCUAAGACUUACCUCAUGAAGUUCUACGACUUGACGAACGAGACAGACUCCGACCUUCAUCGAGGUGUCCAUCAAAUGACUCUGAAGCUGAAAGAGAUGCAGCAAUUCUUUGGUCUGGAGGUAACGGGUGUCUUGGACUCCAACACCCUGGAGGUGAUGAAGAAGCCACGCUGUGGAGUCCCAGACUUGGCUGAAUAUACCACCUUCCCUGGAAACCUGAAGUGGCAAAGUAACAGCGUGACCUACAGAAUUGUGAACUACACACCCGACCUACCACAAUCUGAGGUGGACCGUGCCAUUGAGAAUGCUCUCCAGGUGUGGGCAAGAGUGACUCCACUGCGUUUCACACGUCUGUACACUGGAGUGGCUGACAUCAUGAUCUCCUUUGGACGUAGAGACCAUGGUGAUGGCUAUCCUUUUGACGGCCCCGAUGGCAUUUUGGCACAUGCUUUCCCACCCUCUGUGGGCUUGGGGGGAGAUGCCCAUUUCGAUGAGGAUGAGACCUUCACCUCACAAUCAUCGUCUGGGUACAACCUGUUCCUGGUUGCCACCCAUGAGUUUGGUCACGCCCUGGGGCUCUCGCAUUCCAUGGACCCUGGUGCUCUCAUGUACCCUCAUUAUACCUAUACCGACCCUGAGAGGUUUUCUCUGCCUCUGGAUGAUAUCAAGGGAAUACAGUUUCUCUAUGGACCAAACCCAGAAAAACCUGUAGACCCCACCCCGCCAACCACCCCAAACGCUUGUGAUCCCAACUUGACCAUUGAUGCGGUCACAACUCUGCGAGGAGAGAUGAUGUUCUUCAAGAACAGGUUCUUCUGGCGUGUCUACUCCCUGAGCAACCAACCCCAACUCUCUCUUAUUAAGAGUUUUUGGCCUGAUAUUCCUGAUGACAUCGAUGCUGCGUAUGAGAGCCUCAGUAGAGACUGGGUGUUCGUCUUCAAAGGUGAGAAGGUCUGGGCUCUGUCUGGCUAUACCCUAGUCAGUGGCUACCCCAAAACUCUCAGCAGCAUGGGUCUGCCAGCAACAGUGAAGAAAAUCACCGCUGCCCUUUAUGACGAAGCCUCUGGGAAGGUUCUAUUCUUCGACAACAAGUACUAUUACAGCUAUGAUGAGACCAUAGAGAAGAUGGACAAGGGUUUCCCCAAGCUGGUGGAGGAGAGCUUUUCGGGCAUGCGAGGGAGGAUCACGGCCGCUUUUCAGUAUAGAGGAUUCACCUACCUGCUCAGUGGACCCUCUGUGUAUGAGUUUGGCUCCAGGACAAAAAAAUUGUUCAGGGUUCUGGAGAACAGCUAUUUCCUGAGCUGUUAGGCUACACUUUUUGGGUGGGAAAGAGAAACCAGUCACAAGUCCCUCCAGUUUUAUAUUCUUUUUUUUUUUGGUUUUCAUUGCCUUUUAAGCUUUUUCUGAAUGUAAUCGUGCACUUUAUAACUGGGAUAAAAGAAGGCUCACAUAUGAAUAAAUCUAUUGCAUUAAAGUUUUGCCUUAGACUCAA